AACGAUACGAGAUGUAAGAUAUCGGAGUAUCUGUGCGUUAACAAGAAAUGCAUACCGAUAAACCGUUUCUGUGACGGCAGCAACGACUGCGGGGACUCUUCAGAUGAACCGAGACAUUGCACACCUUAAGGGGCUAUUCGAGCUACACCAGGACGGAUACGUGAGUUCACAGGUUCAACCUGAGAGAAUUUGCUAACAACAACCCUAGCAAGAAUUCGCAGAAUCUACCACCGGGUCGGAAUCGCGAUCCACUGAGAAGAUCCGUCGAGAAACUCAGUGGGCUUUGUUUAUGGGCUGCAACCGAACAUAUUAUGGUGACAUCGGUCGGACGUACGAAGUUGAGCUGCACAGACCUAGAGAAGACCUGGUGCCGUAUGUGUGCUUACUCACCAUCACCGCUGCCGGUGGAAUACACGGAGAUUUGGUACAGGUGUUAUUUGAUAGUUUUACCCUGGGGCGAUUUACAUCAUUCACAGAAGACGGUUGCCCCGAUGGCUAUAUGCAAAUACAAGAAGCAAGUAGACCUCAAGUCGGAGGCUCUUGGUGCGGCACCUCAUGGGGUCCUUCGAUUUACUACAGCGAAACAAAAUCGAUAACUCUCAUCAUAAGGCUUCUUCAUCUGUCCAAAGAACAGAACAAUUAUAAUUUCGAUUUCAGAAUGGCAUACAAAGUUCUACGGAGAGAGCACGCCACAGUCAGAUACGGCGGUACGCCUCUAUUAGAUCGUCCCUUUUUCAAACUGAGACCUAUAGCCGUCCCCGUAAACAUUUCACGCGAAGAUACGAAUGCAAGGUCGACACGAACGCCCGAGUAUUACCUCGGGGAUUUGAUCUCCGGAACUUAUUGCUCCCGGAUAUUCAGCGACUGCGAUCGUAAAAACUGUAGGUUACAAUCACCGAAUUUCCCUGGCGUUUACCCGAGAAAUUUGACGUGUUACUAUGCCGUGCGACAACACGAGGUCCCUCAGGGUAAACACGCCUUGAUUGUGGUGAAACAGCCCAACGGGCAGUUGAUUUCUAUAAGGAGUCAGAAGGCUUUGUAUGCUGCCCAACAAGAACGGGGUAACAACGGAAGAGAGCUGAAAUUUUGGCAACAGUGUGACGAGGUUCAGGAUUAUGUUACGGUAUACGAUGGCUACACAACUAGAGACCCUGUCGUGCUAAGGUUUUGUGGAGGCGGUGUGGCUGUCCCAGAAGCGAUAUCGAGUGGACCUGAGUUACUGGUCGAAUUCACUACGUCCCCAUUUGGCACAUUCCUUCAGCCAGCAACUUUACAAUCACUACACGGGUUUCAACUUGAAGUCGAAGUCAGGUUCGUUGAUCAACAGUCGCCUACAUAUGCGAAAAACAAGAGAACUUGCGAAUUCUGGAUCCGAGGGACAGGUCGUGGUGUUUUGGAGCAUCCGCAACAUUCUUUACCGCCGAACACCACGUGCCUUUAUCACAUGCAAGGGAUUGACACCUCCGGGCCUUCGGGACGCCACAUAAUUUACAGACGGCCGUCGUUUUCGGCUCCACGAUUCAGGGUUUGGUUUUCGGUAUUGAAAUUUUAUGUGACCAACGCUCUGAACCCUAACUUGCCCGAGGACGAAUACUGCGGAAGCCAUUUUAAUAUAUGGGAUGGUCCGAUGAGAAUAUCGCCUGGUUGCAGCGAUAUAUUUUGUGACAAAGAGCGGUCAGUCCAAAUGUCAAGAGCGACAUCCCCUCAAUCAGUAAUUGUGGGUCGACCUCCUACGAAUGCAACACUCAUAGCCAGAUUCUGCAGGGAAAGAGCACCCAGGACAUGCGAACAUGCACUGCUGAAAAAAUCCAGAGCCUGCACGAAAACAGAAAGCUUCCUUUCCAAGGGGGAUUCUUUGACUUUGGAAUUGAAGUUAACUCAAGGAACAGCUUUGAAACCAGUGUUCUUCAAGGCAUUAUACGAAUUCGUGGAUCUACACCAAGAUGGCGAGCCUUGGGGUCGUGGUCCGUGUUCUCGACGAUUUGCCUCACGAUCCUUUCCUGAAGCUCCUCCCGAUCCACCCAUUAAUUUUUCUUCACCGAGAGACGUGUUCUUGUAUGGACGAGGUGGUGCCAGAAAUAUUAGUUGCACGUAUCGCUUCGAAGCAAAUCCUGGUGAAGUGGUCAGACUAAGGGUUUGGGGUGUUCGAAGUGGUGGCAGAUUGUGUCGAUCGGUGCAUUCCGCCCACGCACCCUGGUAUCGAUGCGCCGGUGACCUCACAGCAGCUGUGAGGAUAUUCGACAGACCUUGGAAAAACAUUGGCUCUGGGAUACCGAGAGAUUGCUUGUGCAGUGACGUCGGCGACUACGAGUUCGUGUCUUCGUCAACUGUGGCCGAGCUGAAAUUCGAUGUGGUGAAUAUGACGGCGACAGAUGACUUCCGAUCUUUUGGCUUCGAAGCGUCUGUAGAGUUUGUCAGAUACGAUUCCGUUUGUGAAAGUACCCAUCGAGUGUAUGGAGCCAGUGGAGAACUUAGAUUAUCCGCUACAUUACCAGACUCGGAAGCAGAGCAUUGUGAACAUCGCCCUUGGCUAAUAGAUCCCUCGCCGGGUCAUUAUCUCUACUUACAAGUGCGCGGAUCAAUCAUCAGUGAACCAACGUUGGACAACUUUACUCUUCUCAACAAUAUCACAGUAGCACCAGAUUUAAGGCACUUGUGCAGAACACAAAACAGAAUCGCCGUUUACGCUGGAGGGUUAAUGCCCGUUUAUAUUUGCCCUGAGUCUCCUGAGCAGGAUACAGAAGAGGUAGUAGAAAUUUUCUCUGAAGGCUGGUCUAAGGAUGUAGACGAACUUGCUCGACACGUGCUACAACCCGGACCUUCUCCUGACCGAUUCGACUUGGAGUUCCCACGCUCUUUAGCUGUUGAACUCAUCGCUGUAGAAGCCGGAAAUUACUUUGUUUCGUGGCUAGAACUCUCUAAGAGAGAGGCAAGCGGGCCGGGCAGCGUGUUCGCGCUAUCGGGCGAGUGCACGCACCGGUGCGCGUCGCUGGACGCGUGCAUCGCCGCGGCGCUGUGGUGCGACGGCGUGGCGCACUGCCCGCACGGUGACGACGAGCGCCUGGCGCACUGCUCGGCACUGCUGCGUCUGCCCGCGCACUACGCACUAGCGCUGCUGGCCUUCGCCGCACUCACCUGCUGCGCACUGGUGGCAGUUACUAGGUCGUGUCGGCGUCGUCGUUCAGCGCUCCAGCAGAGAUUGAAAAGUCUGUCUUCAGACACCGCCAUUUUCGACGAGAAAGAAGUGAUUUGCUGACCAAGCGAGGACUCUGUGCGUUACGUUGAAAUCGACAGGGUCACCACUGUGUGACCGCUCAGCGCAGAGUCCUGGAUCAAAUGUUGGCGUUGGCCUUUGUCUCCAACGCGGAAUACUUCCAAACGAUUGACCAUAUGUUGGUCAACUGUUUUUACGUUCGAAAUUCACGGUAAUUAACAAUUGAAAUAUAAACGAAACGACGAAUAUUUAAAUUUGAGAUCAAACUCCAUUAGGUGUUGUGAUAAUGUAAAUAAUAGAGUAGGUACAUACAGUGUUUAGAUUGAAAAAUACUAAAAUACAUUUCGGACCAAAUGCAGUCGAUCGGCGACCAUACAUUGGUCAUAUGUAAAUAUAUCUUAUGUUAAUUUAUUUAAUAAUAAAAAUAGUAUUUUGUUGUUUUUGACACGCUUUUAUCAAGCUAUGAUAUAUAUUUUUGUUUGUAUGUAACGUAAUCUUUGAAUGUCAUUUUCACAGAGUUCUAACCGUCUGUGUUUUAACUUGCACACGCAUCAAGGACCGAUGACAAUGCAAUAAUUUUAUAACUUCGCUUUAAUAUCCUGAGUAAUAUCAGCAUAAUAAGAAAAAAAUAAAAAUAAUUAAUGAUAAUUUAAUUUUUAAAAAAAACUGGUUCGGUUUUCUAUUUAAGUGUGUUUUUUUAGUUUUCGAUCUAAUAUAUGUAUAAUUUUAAAUUUUCCUUUUAUAUAUUUGUUUAUUAUAAGUGGCAUGACGCGAAAUUCGGUCUUUCUAUACGCACAAUCCGAUAAAGCUUGACCGAUUGACGUUUUUGCAAAAAUGCAAUCGUUUUGAGGGCCUGUUGUUACACUAGAUUAAACUUUAUUAAGCCUUUUUUUUCAACUAGUCGUUAUUAGAAAGAACGUUUUAUGUAACUAGACGGAAUAGACUACAGAGUCUAGUAGAUAGUAUGUUAUUGUCGGACGAGUUAACUUUCAUCUCAAAAAAAUCUUAUACAUAUUAUCUUUAAAAAGUAUUUUUGUUGUGAAAAUAAUGGUGAUUGAUAUAAACGUAAUAAAAUAAUAACACUGCCAUUAAAUUUUAAAUGUUGUUGUUAAAUAUGUAUUGUUUUUUUUGACGCUACGUACAUUUGGAUUUCAAGGAAGCGGAGCCUAGUAAAUAAAACGUUUAUUUAAAUUAAAUUUUCCACUUCAUGUCUCAGAGGUGGUAUUUAUAUUGGGGUGGUUAUGGAUCAAUGUACUAUCUAGAUCAUAUUAUACUUACAAUGUUUUUUUUUUAAAUCACUUAAGACAACGACAUCAAUUGUUGUGGUUUUCGUUGUUCAGUAAUAAUAAUUCCCAAAUGUACUACUAGUCGAAAGAAAAAUGGAAAAGAAAAUACGGGCGGGUAAUUCCAGUCCACUAUCGUGCAUAUUUCUACCAAAAAGCAGUUAUAUGUUCCGGAUCGAAGGAUUGGACCGCCGAUUUACAAUUAAGACUUCAAACGACUUCAACCACUUGUCUUAAGGUGGCUGAUGGGAUUUACAUCACGACGUCUAUUGGUUUUGAUAACCAUUGAAAAUCUGAUUUCCUAUGUGCUCAUUCGCACAUGCCUAUCAUAAGAAAUAAAGUAAAAUAAAAAAUAACAGAAAACCGUUUUACGAUGAAUCGUAAUUUUGUUUCUUCAUUGGAUAAUCAGAUUGGACAGAUUAUGUACAAUGGGAUAAAGGCUCCAAAAAUUGGACAUAUUAUGUACAAUGGGACAUAGGCUCCAAAAAGACUAGUUGUCAUGUUUUAGAAAGCAAAUUAAUUUUCGACAUCCAUUCCUUUUCGUCAUCAUCCUAAUAAACGAAAUGUAAAUAAUAAACUAUUCAUAUCUUAGAAGUAUAAUAAAGUGAUAAUUAAUCAUAUAUUUUAUCUUUUGUUUCCAAAGGAAAUUAGGGAAGAGUUUGUUAAAAUAUCUCGUUAACUAUUAGAUGAAAGUAGGUUUUGAUCUCAAUUACUAAUAAGGUAGGUAAUAAUAAAAUUUGAAUUAUGUUAAAAAUUAGGUGGAUAAAAAUAAAGCGAAGUUAACGUUAUUCUCUAUUCCGUGCUUUGGUGACACACGAAAAAACGACAAAGGUUUUGGUUUUGUUAAAUUACUUCAUAUUAUGUAUUAGGUUACUUAAAUAUUUUCAUAAUUUCAGAGAUUACAGGUGUUAAUAGUUCUAAGCAUAUAAACCGGGAAAGGAGAUUGAUACCCGAAAAUUCAUAUGACUCUUUAAUACUUUAUGUUAAGUAAAGAAAAAAAUGUAAAAUAAUAAUUGAACGUAAUAAAUAAAAAUUGAGAUCAAAAUGGAUAAAUAGCAAAUUUUUAGAUAGGAAAAUUAAAAUUAAGCAUUCAAAAGUGUUCUUUACGUAAUAAUUUAUACAUUAUGUUUAUUAAAUUAAUGUAAUAUUAAGUAAUCAAAAUUUGAAACAAAAAUUUCGUAGUUAUUAUUUUAGUAUAACUAUUAUUUGCUUUCGAUACAACGGGAAGAUCUUUAUCUUUGAAUAUGUACGUGACCAUGUACGAAUUUUCUAAGUGUGUUUAUCUCUAAACACUUACGCGCUUUGACGUUUUCGAUGACUGUUUACAUAUUGUAUUUGAGUGGGUCCAUGGAUGGUUUAUAAUCCAAGAUCCCAGGGCCCCCAGACGUCACGUAUUUUCUGACGAACGAAAUGUGGCCGAUUGCGUAGUGUUAGUAUGUAGUAAGAACGCAUGCCUACCUGCUACCUUGCUUAGACGGCCAGUUUUCAGGUAUCAGGUACUCAAGGUACAUAAAAUCAUUUCCUACCUCACGUAAAUUCUGAAAGCUGAUUUUUACGUAUAUUUUAGGCAAUAUCCUUAAAAAUAAGUCGCCAAUACUCCCAGACACUUUCCGUCGGCCGAAUUGCUUUGCAGACGCUUUAAAGCUCCCAAAAUAAUGACCUAACUUUACGUAAAUUCUGAAAGCUGUAGUUACAUACAUAGAUACUAAUACUACGCAAUCGGCCACAUUUCGUUCGUCAGAAAAUACGUGACGUCUGGGGGCCCUGGGAUCUAACUCUAUUAGGUUUGCAAACCGAUCUGCGAUUAGAUUCGAAAUUACUUUUUUUUUCCAGGUCCCGCUAGGUAGUUCGCUAAAACCAUUUUGUGACGACAGUCUCAAAUGGUUUGUUUUACAGGCGGUAGGACACUAAAACUCCAAAAUGUCAUGAUAAAUUAAUAAUCCAAGUUCAAAUUUAAAGGGUUACUAUUUUUGUUGUUUUAGUUAAAUCGAGAAUCGUGUUUGGCAUCCAGACUGUACUCAUAGUUUCUGCAUCAGCCGGCAGUAGAUAGUAUUUACGUUGUGAUAUCUACUGGGUUUUGGUAACCGAUUAAAACUAGAUGAGCCUUGGGUUCUUCUAUCGAUCCAAAUUCUUGUGUCGAAUACAAUGUCGGAAGUCACGACUCAAGCUUUUACUAUACAAUUUUCUCCAAUCAUUCUCGAAUUACAGUAAUUCAUACCGUCUCGACAACGUUGAUGUUCGAGGUCUAUAAUUCAUCACAAUAAAUUCCUUGCUCUUGGCCUCUUGUCCUCUUGUCCUCUGUUUUCCCGGUAAAUAUUAGCGCCCGGAGUUUUCCACCGAGAUAUUGUAGAAAAAAUAAUAAUACCUAAUGUACAUAUUUCGUAACAUAAAUAAUCGCAACAUAGCUUAAACCCUAAUGAAUUUAAGUAAACUUAAUUUAUUAUUGUUCUUCAUCUAACACGAUAACAAAGAUUUACUUCAAUGUGUUUUGUUCUAAUGUUUACUUUUUUUUUAUCUUGUACAAAUAUUUUUCGUUCUUGUAUGACGCAAUGCUAUUAGUACAUACAAUGUUACAUAACACAUUUCUAACAAAAAAAGGUCACAGGAGACCGUGCUUAAUCUCUUGGCUACUCGUCUUCCAUUAGAUCAAAGAUAAACCGGUUCUGAAGGAGUCUUUGCCUAAUACGAAGACAGCCGAUAUUGUUGGUGAGACCCGAUAAAGUGGUUACAGGUAACAGGAAUAGAAUCUGGUUGAGGGUGGUGUCAUACUAAAGGUGUAUGAUCAUCUAGCAAAGCAUAUAUUCAAAUAAUGUUUCAAAAUGCGAUUAAAAUAAGAAUAUAAAUAAAAUAAUAGAUAAAUUAGUUUCCAAAAACAAACUGAUCAGCCCGAUUCAAUUAUCCUUAUUAGUGCUGAACUUAUUUCCACAUAUUUUGCAGAAAUCGCUAAAGGAUUUUUAAAAAAAAGUAAAAAACUUUGGCUUAAAAAAAAACAAAAUUCAAUCCUAAAUCCACAGCAAAAUAAUUUUAGUUAUUUAUAAAUUUUAUUGACUUAUUACAAACAUUAUACGACAUGCGCACGAUAAGGCCCGUACGUACAGAUCAAAUUGCACAAUAGUCGGUAUUUCGACGCUCCGCACUUUAUACGCAUGGAUAGAGAGAGAAGAAUACUGACUCAAAUAAUUACAUGAAGUUUUUCUUGAACUUGAAAUACUAAUUUGUGUAUUGUUAACGUUGUUCACUUUACAAUCGCUGGUCUACUGCGUAACGUUGAAAAAGUCUUCCCGUUUUUUCGAAUAGUACGAUAAGUUACUUUUAGUAUUUGAUUAGAGCAUUCGUAUCGUCUUCCAUAAUGUAUUCGAUUACAAGAUUUCUUUUAACAGAAAAUCGUAGUUAAUUUACGCCAUAUCAGACGAUUUCAAAAGUUAUAUAACUAAUCAAGAUAAUAUCCCGGAAGACAAUAAUGAUGGAUAAUAGAAUAUAAGCAGAGAUGAUUUAUUUCACGUUCAGAGAAAGUUGUUAUGAAGAAUAAUGGAAAAGUUUUUAAAAAUAAAAAAUAUUUACCGCAUGUAA